AUGGGGGGAGGAGGAGGAGGAGAGUGUCAUGCAAUAGGGAUUGACUUAGGGACAACCUAUUCAUGCGUAGCAGUAUGGGAGCACGAUCAUGUAGAAAUCAUAGUGAAUGAUCAGGGAAACAGGACAACUCCAUCUUAUGUUGCCUUUACUGACUCAGAGCUAUUCGUAGGCGACGCUGCAUUUAACCAGAUCAUUAAAAAUCCCACAAACUCAAUCUUUGAUGCAAAGCGUUUAAUAGGCAGGAGAUAUAGUGACGCCUCAUUUCAAAAUGAUCUUAAACUCUGGCCAUUCAAGGUUACUGAAGGUCCUGCUGAGAAGCCCAUGAUUGUAGUUACCCACAAGGGCGAAGAGAAACAGUUUUCUGCUGAAGAAAUCUCAUCUAUGGUUCUCGCAAAGAUGCGGGAAGUUGCUGAGGCUUAUCUUGGUUCACCUGUGAAAAAUGCAGUUAUCACCGUCCCUGCCUACUUCAAUAAUUCACAGCGUCAGGCUACAAAUGAUGCCGCAGUCAUUGCUGGCCUAAACGUGAUGCGUAUCAUCAACGAACCAACUGCAGCAGCCAUUGCUUAUGGACUUGACAGAAAGGGCGGCUGGUAUAGCAAGAGAAAUGUUAUGAUAUUUGAUUUCGGCGGUGGUACACUAGAUGUGUCAUUGCUUACAAUAGGUGAUGGUAUAUUCGAAGUGAAGGCUACAGCUGGAGACACUCACCUUGGAGGUGAAGAUCUUGAUAACAGAAUGGUGAGCUAUUGUGUUGAGGAAUUCAAGAAAAAGCACAAUCUAGACAUCACUGGAAACUCUAGAACUCUUAGGAGGUUAAGAAAUGCAUGUGAGAAGGCAAAGAGGAGACUUUCAUUUGCGUCUAUAGUUGACAUUGAAAUUGAUUGUUUGGAUUUCUAUACUACUAUCACUCGAGCCAAGUUUGAACAACUCAACAAAGACUUGUUCAACAAGUGCAUGGACCCUGUGAGAAAGUGUUUAAGCGAUGCUAAAAUGAAGAUAAGCAAUGUCCAUGAUGUUGUUCUUGCGGGUGGCUCUUCUAGAAUUCCCAAAGUGCAGGAACUAUUAAAAGAUGUCUUCAAAGGGAAGGAGCUGUGCAAGGGAGUUAAUCCAGAUGAGGCAAUCGCCUAUGGAGCUGCUGUUCAAGCUGCAGUUUUGAAGGGGCAUCAAGAUCGGAAACUUCAAGACUUCGCUCUCUUGGAUGUCACCCCUCUGUCACUUGGGUUGGAGAGUACCAAACUUGAUAGGCUCGAGAAAUACAUGAAUGUUGUGAUUCCAAAGAACACGAGAAUACCUGUGAUGAAGAGAACAAAAAUAACUACUAUUUAUGACAACCAACGGUCGAUCGAAUUCCCCAUAUAUGAGGGUGAGAGUAGAGUAGCCAAAGAGAAUAAGUUUUUGGGCGAAUUUAGCCUCUUCGACAUUCCUCUGGCUCCCAAGCAUGUUCCUAGGUUCAAUGUUUGCUUUGAUAUUGACGCAAGUGGUAUCCUGCGUGUCUCAGCAGAGGACAUGGCUACUGGGCAGAGAAAAGAGAUUACGAUCAACAGUGACAGAAGAAAUUUUGGAAUUGAGAACUUGAGUCUUGCUGACAGUCGAUAG